AUGAGUUCAGAGGCAGCUCCUCCCACAACGGGGCCUGCGCCCAAAGAGAGCAAGAAGAAGAAGGGCGUGGAGAAAGUUCUGUACCGUGUGAGGGCGGUCUUCAGGCGAGGGGAGCGUCCCAAGAAGCAGACCGCUGAACAAGCACCUGCGCCUGCUCCUGCUCUCCUCAGUCCGCCUGUCGCCCCUGGUGCUGAUGGUGGUGCUACCGCGCCGCCGAAGAAACAUCAGUACGAGAACGCCACUAGGGUGCCUCGGAUUCAGGUUCACGAGGAACGCGUAAAGGCUCUCGGCGCCAGAUUCGGCCUGGAGAUCAAGCCGGGCGAGUGGCAUUCCACGGACGGCGACGUGCUCCGGGUCGAGAAGUCGGUUCGGAUGAGAAUUCAUCGCGAGUGUCACCGUUGUCAUGCGGCCUUCGGUACGAGCAAUGAAUGCCCCAAUUGCCUGCAUAAACGGUGCAAGAAUUGCACUCGCUACCCGGCCAAGCGUACGGAGGAGGAGAGACAGGCCAACCGCGACCGAAGAGAAGUGGCCAUCCGGAGAAACAAGGAAUUGGCUCCCAUCAUCCCGAGUUACGAUUACUCGGAUACCAUCGUCUUAAAGCGCCCCGGCAAGCCGGGCGGGCAGGAUCUCGUGUAUAAGGGCAAGCCUCGCAUACGGGUCAGGAGGAACUGCCAUAUUUGCAACAACCUCAUCAGCACGAAUGCAAAGCAGGAAAGAAUUUGCGAUAACUGCGGUCACAAGCGAUGCGCCGACUGCCCGAGGAGCCCUGAUGCUAGGAAGAAAUACCCGUACGGCUAUCCCAACGACGAACCCGGGUCGACUUUCAAAGGAGUCCACUCUUGCCACGAGUGCAAGAAGAAGUUCCCGGCGAACGCAGAAGACGGGACCGAGUGUCAGCGCUGUUCGCAUGCCAAGUGUCCGGAUUGCCCGCGAGUCAAGCCGAGGAAGGUCGAGCUCGAACCCGACCCCGACGUAUUCGAAAACCUUCGGCUUCACAUGGAGGCGCUAAAGCUCAAGACGGCCGACAGUUGA